GCUCAACGCCUCAUUCACUUGCACAUCGCCCAACAACUGCACGCCCAUACACAAACGUCUACUUCACGCAAUCCUCCGUAUAGACAAAUUCCGAUAGCGAAACCAUGUCUAACCUCAUCGAUGCCGACGCGGGCACCGAGCGCUUCAGCGGCUAUGAAGCCGAACUCAAGCUGGUACAAGCCGACCUCAGCCAGCAGAUAGAGCAGAUCAAAGAAACGACGGGCGAGCCCAGGAAGGCCGCCAUCAGCAGGGCAGAGCGUGCGCUGGAGGAGGCCGAGGAGUUGAUUGGCCAGAUGCGCCUCGAAAAGUCAAACAUUCCCGCCAAUCUCAAGUCCAAGUACAACGCGCGCUUUCGCAACUUUGAGCACGACCUCGAUACCAGCAAGCGUAAGCUGCAAACAUACACCUCGGACCGCUCCAAGCUCUUUGGCGACCGCUACACCGACAGCCCCGAUGGCGGUGACGCCCAACUCGAGCAGCGUCAGCAACUCCUCUCUGGCACAGAUCGCUUGAACAGGUCGAGCAACAGGUUGAGGGAGAGCCAGCGGAUUGCGCUCGAGACGGAGCAGAUUGGCGCCAGUACACUCGGCGACUUGCACAGACAGAGGGAACAAAUCACGAAUACAAGGGAGAGGCUGCUCGAGAGCGAGGGAUACACCGAUCGGAGUAUCAAGACUCUGAGGGGAAUGGCGAGACGGAUGGCCACGAACCGCAUCAUUACCAUUGCCAUUAUAACCGUCCUGGUGCUGCUCAUUAUCGCCGUCAUUUUCAGCAAGUUCAGAUGAGCGCACCCGCCGCCCCAUCCUCCUUUCUAGCUACGAUUGCGUGACUUGUUUCCUGUUUGGCGUUUGGAGCAAACAACUGUGUAUAUUACAUGGGGCCACUUUCUCGUUAGGGGAAAGAGAGCCGAGUCAUGAUAAUUGCGUUAAAUGCAUUACUACUCCUUGUACUGUCUCAAUCAAGACUUUGGCCGUCUUGAGCCGUCUG